UAGUUUAUCGGGUAUAUAGAUUUCUAACCUGAAAAACGUGUAAACAUUGUACGAACUGAAAAUUUGUACAUUACGAACUGAAAAUAUGGAAAAUGAAAAGGAAAACAAAAGUACCAUUGAAGUUGGUCAUUACUUGGUAGUUCAGAGACAAGGUUAUACGAAAUUACAUAAACUGAAAGCACACAGUAAACUAAUAUUGGGAUCAUUCAAUAUAGAAAUGGAUAAUGUUAUAGGAGAAAGCUAUCAUGAUACUUUUCAAAUGAAAAACAUGCCUGGAAACAAAAGGUUUUAUACCUUGGAAAAGGUAGAACAUACAAAUUCUGCUGCAGAAGGUGUGACCAUUGAAACUUCGGGAGCAGACAAUAGGCACAUACCGAAUAAUGCAGAAUCGCAAAGUUUGACAAAAGAAGAUAUUGACAAGCUUAAGGAUAAAGAACUCAAUUCAAAUAAUAUUGUAGAACAUCUCAUAAGCAAUUCAAAAACGUUCAAUAUGAAGACUGGAUAUAGCCAAGAAAAAUACAUUAGAAAGAAAGAAAGAAAAUAUUUUGAAUACAUACAAAUAAAAAGACCUAGUAUUAGAAUAUUAGCACAAAUGUUUUAUAGGCAAGAUCCUACGAAAACACUGGGAAUACGAAUAGAUGAUUUGUCUCAAAUACUCUCGUAUGCCAAUAUACAUCCUGAAGGAAAUCACUUGUUGUAUGACAGUGGAACAUCAGGUUUAAUGCCUGCUGCAAUAACAAGUAGUAUUGGUUUCAAAACGAAAGGACAUCUCAUCCAUAUGCAUCCAGGAAAUGAAUGUCAGAAAAAUGCAUUUAUGGCUAUGCAGUUCCCUUCUGAGCAAGCCCAGAGGUGUAUAAAUGUCAACCUAUAUUCGGUUCUCAGGUGCUUUUACCAAAGUAAGGACAGUUAUAUUACUGCAUGUGAUAAUGAAGAAACAUCCAAUAAAGACAUUAAAACAUGUGAAAACGUGAUGGCAGUUGAUGAGGACUCAGCAACAAAUGAAAGUGAAGAAAAACAAAGCGAUGAUGUUGGUGAGCCAUCUUCAAAAAAACCAAAGCUGGACCAAACUGACACAAAAAAGUUUUGGCAACUAGAUAAUGAAAGAGCUUGCCGAAUUUUAGAAAGUAAGGUGGACACUUUAAUAAUUACAGCAAAAGAACAUCCUGUGAAUAUAGUAAAGGAACUUCUUCCAUUUCUAAAUGGAGGAAGAAGCUUUGUGGUGUUUAGUUUGCUAAAGGAACCACUGCAGGACCUGUACUUCUAUUUAAAGAGUAGAGUUGAUAUUGUUAACAUCAGGCUAUUGAAUAGUUUCAUGCGUAAUUAUCAGGUUUUACCUAAUAGAACUCAUCCUGAAGUUAAUAUGAAUACUGGAGGAUAUAUACUAACCGGAUUCAAGUUGAAGUUUUAGAUUUAAGAAUUUUAAACUGAGGACAAAAUGAAAAUAAUAAAGAAUGUUUCACUAUUUUUUUUAUUCAAAAGGUCAACAGUAUUGUAAGGAAUUAGAAAGGUUAUAUAAACAUUAACAAUCAUAACAGAGAAAAAACUGAAAAUUGAAAGCAGGGAAUUUUAUAUGAAAAACCACUCUUCCUAUGUAAAUAACUUGGGAAAAUCAAUUAUAUUCCAAAUCAUAUAUUUAUCAGUCAACUGUUGAUAUGAUAACAAGUACAAUGUAAUGUAUUAAAAUUAUUUUCAGUUUCAGGAUAAUACAUUGAUGAUAAAUUGACAUGGAAUAAACAUAUUGAAAACAAAUUGAAACGAAA